CCGUCCAUAAACUUUGGAUUUAUUAACAAAUCGAUCGCCAGAUAUUGAUUUGUAAUGACUGUUUCUCACUAUAAUUUGAAAGAACUAACAAAACAAACAACUGUCUAAACAAAGAACUCAACUCGACCCUAAUUGACUAAUAGAAUAUUAGCUAGAUUUGACCAAUUAUAGCUCGACUGACAUUGUGGGAGUUAAAAAAAAUGCCUUCUCGAUGCCGACAAUUGGCAACGAUAUAGUGUGAUGUAAAAUUGGAUCUUGUACUAGCGGGUUUAACCUUAUCCUUGAUUAUUAUUAACGUGGGAGAUAACACUCUAAUUUUGAACAGAGUUAUAGGACCUAUAACUUAGACAGAAGUGAGACAUAAUUAUUACGCUAGUUAUUCCAAAUUUCAGUAAUAGAUGUUAUAAAGAAUUAAAUCCCGAAUCGAGAGAGAUCAAAAAUUCUCACUAUUUCUUAGAUUCAUGGACAGCAAAGUAGUGACAGCUUUUUUUGUAACAUCAAAAUUCAGUGACCAUUUAUGCAAUUGUCCCUAUUUUUAGCUGGAAUUUCCCAUUUGUGAGAAAAAUAAAAUAAAUCAAAUUUUCCUCUCCCAGUUUCCGUUAAACAACAGAUCCCUUUCGUGACACACUGCUCUCUCUCUCUGUCUCACACCCACGCCCACGCCACAACAAGCGCAGAGAGAAGAAGGAAGAAAGACGGAAAAAAAUAAACAACCAACAAAAAUACCAAUCCAACUGUAAACUUCCUCUCCCUUCUUCCUUCUUCAGUCUUCUUCCCCCCCCCCCCCCCCCCCAGCCCUGCCCAAAUUCCACCCUUCCUCGUCGCUGCCUUCCUCCCCAUUUCUACCUCCUUCUGAGCUCUCUCCCCCAGUUCGCCGUCUUUGCUUCCUUGGCAUUGGGCGCCGAACGGGCUUUACUAAACUUGGAGGGAGGGAAGACAAAGAGUGUCAGUCUCAAGAGUCCUUCCGCGCGAGGUUUAUCCCAAUUGGAAAUUGGUGGGAGUCUUCUUUCCCUUUCUUUCCUCUCGCUUUACCUUGGUGGGUAUUCGAGGAGCAGGAACAUGUGGGCGAUCGUGAUGGGUUUGUCUUGAGAUUUCCCCUUCGUUUCUCUUUUCACGCCCCCCCCCCCCCCCCCCCCCCCCCCCCCCCCCCCCCCCUGAUUCGACAGCGGCUUUCAUUUUCCUAGCUGGGUUGGAAUCCGAUUUCUCUUAUUAAGGAGGGUUUUGAUUUUUUUUCCCUGUGCAAUCAUUGGAUGGUAGUGUGUGGACUCUGUUGAAGUUGAGUCCGGGCACGGCAGGCAGUUCACGUCCCACUAUUAGAUGUAGUAGCUGGUUUUUUCUUCUGCUCAUGGAAUGAUGGAUUGUUGAUUUGCGGGAGUUGUUGCCGUGGUGGGUUUUGGGACUUGAGGAAGAGGGUUUAAUUCGGAUUUUGGUUUUGGGGUUGGAUUUGUAUUGAUCUUGGGGAGGGAGAUUGCUAGAGUGGGGAGAAUGUCUGGGGGGACGCCGAGAGGUGGGUAUGUGAGGCAGAGACAUAGCCAAGGAGGAUAUGGAUCGAGUGGUGAUGAUUUGGAGGAUGAUGCUUGCUCAAGACCACAACAGCACUUCUCUCCAACUCCUCCCAGAGUUAGGUCUUGGGUAGAGAUUUUGGAGAAUCUGCUCUGGAUUGCUUCAUCCCUUUUCAUCGUUUACUAUGGGGACAGACAUUCCAAUUUGAUAUAUCUACUGUGGCAUGAUGGUAGGAUAAGAAGAAUGCCCUUGUACUUCGGGAUGGCAGGUGUUGGUUUCAAUGUACUUAUAUUUUUGUACACAAGUUUGUUUGCUUGGAGCGACAGAAGAUUUGACGAGAAAUGGGAAUUGUCGAGCUUAUCUGCUUUACCAUGGGUUACUGUAUUGGGACUCGUCUCCUUCUGCUUGUUCAGUGUGGCUUUGUGGCCAAUAUGGAGUUUCUUGACAAUUCCUCUUCUGUUCACCCUGUUCAUGGCUUUCAUGAUAAUCUUUCCUUCAGUAAUAGUUGGAACGCUGAGGCAACAAGGUGAUGCAUUCCGUAUAGAUUAAAAGACUCUCGAGAGCAGGUGGAGAUACUCUGACAUAGAUGAACAACUUUCUAACCCAAAACCAUGGUGGGUAGCACUUGAUGUAGGUCAAAAGAUCCAUUUUGUCUCAUGGAAGAACACAAAUUUACUGCACAGUUUUGACCUCUUGGUGUUGGAGGUGGUGGUCGCAGAAGAAAGCUGAUCUGGAAUUCACCCGAUCAGUUGUUAUACCCUCAUUGUCCUUGACACAGACACUAAAAUUUUCAGGCAGCCCUCUCUUAUGAAGUGCAGGAUUGGAUCGAUAAACAAGGCGGGAUGGGGAGACUUCAAGCAGGAAUUUAGAUUGAUUGAUUUGAUUGGUUGUAUUGUGAUAAGUUUUGUGACUGAAUUCCAUCUCGCCCUUGUUUUUUGAUUGCUCUUUAGAAUUUGAAUGAGAAGGGGCCAGUACAGUUCCAAUAGUGACUAAAUUUGGUGUUCAUAAUAUUUUCUUGUCGUAACUCGUAUAGUCUCAUCUGGAUUCAUCCUGUUUCCAUAACAUCACAAAGCUGCAGGCUUUGAUGUUUCGACCUUCUGUGAUCCCUUUUUCUUACUUAGUUUCUAUGAUCCCUUUCAUUGAUGAUCGUUUAAGCUUGUUCGAGAUCCAGCCUACCACUUUCUAGAUUUCAGCUGAACCAUAUACAGGUUGCAAUACAGCAGCAGAGACUAUAUAUUAAACAAACCAGGUCAUAUGAGAUCAUUGAACUCUUAUAAACCAUGUUUGGCAUGAAAUGGACUCUUCAUCAACUCCACUUGACAAAAGAACUGCAAGAAAAAGCUGAGCACACAACACCUUUUCAUGCUAUAGGCAUGAAAUUGAGUGUUCAUAACCUCAUUUUCGUUCUAAAAGCGUAUAAUCCCAUCUGGGUUCAUCCAAUUCAUUACAAAUCUGCAGCCUUUGAUGUUUCUUUGGCCUUCUUGCCUCUUCUUUCAUCUCUGAGCUCUUUUCUUCUCAAGUUUCUAUCAUCCUCGCUUCAAUUGAUGAUCGUCUAAGCUCGUUCGAGUUUCAGGCAGCAAUGACAGCAGCAGAGACUAAACAAGCAAGGUGAGGCAAGAUCGUUUAACUCUCAAGAUAGUACCACACGUUUUCCAUGGAAUGGAGACAACUUCAUCAACUCCACUUGACGAAAAAAUAAGGGAGGAAAAAGUUGAGCACAUAAGAACAUGUGGAUAUUGCCAAAAAUUAGUCCAUAUAUUGCUAUCUCCAACGAGUAACCUCGUGGAGAAGGCUUCGUGGACUAUUUUUCCAUUUCUCAAUGAGAAGGUUGUAGUUCUUAUUAGUUAAGGAAUGGAAAGUGGGGCAAUUAGUUGACUGCUUCAUACAUUUGUACGCGUAGGAGUUGAUGAUGAUGAUGACACUUAGAUCCUGUUGGGAUACUUUUCUUUGCAGAGAGGCUAUGGCAAUGGCAGCCAGAGAAGUUGUUAAUUGGGUUUUGAUGCUUUCAGACUGAGUUGGGGGACAGUUCUUAUUUUGAGUGGAUUUCCACUUUGAAAGAUCACCAAACAACACACAUAGUCGGCCUCACCAAACUCCAUCUCUUAUAUUCCACAUUCAACAAUAACUGUUCUUGAGUUGAGUAAUUUGGUGGGGUAGUGGGUGCUGCAUUUUCCUUUGCAUUUAUAAACUCCAGAUGUGAGGAUUAUUUUAGAAGUACCGAUGAAUUUAGGUAGAGCGGAGUGUUUUUUCCCGUAUAAUCUCAACAUGAUUAGGGUACAAAAUUUAUUGAAUUGAUUAUUUUAGAAGUAUUGAUGAAUUUAGGUAGAGCAGAGUGUUUUUCUGUAUAAUCUCAACAUGAUUAGGGUGCAAAAUUUAUUGAAUUGACAAAAUAUUGCUCACAUAUUGGCGAAGGGGUUAAUGUCGUUCUUUUUUCAAAUACAGUAGUUUUUUUAUACGGAAAAUACAGUAGUUUUUUUAUACGGAAUAUAUUUGUGCAUUAUAAUUAUGAAUAAGUAUCUUAAUUCUGA